GUCUGGGCGGCGCGGCAGGAGCGGGCAGCCCCUGCGAAAAGGCCUGCAACCCCCGGAUGGGCAACCUGGCACACGGGCGGGCGCUGCGGACGGAGACGGCCUGCGGGCACCAUGCCGCUGAGCCCUUCUGCGCCUACACCGAGGACGCCCAGCGCCGCUGCAAGCUCCCCACCUGCGGCCGGUGCAACGGGGCCCAUGCGGGGCUGGCCCACCCCGCCGCUGCCAUGGCCGACUCCCCCUUCCGCCAGCCCCGCACCUGGUGGCAAUCGGCCCAGGACACCCCCCGCGAGACCAUCCGGCUGGACCUGGAAGCCGCCUUCUACUUCACUCACUUGAUUUUGGUCUUCAAGUCGCCCAGGCCGGCCGCCAUGGUGCUGGAGCGCUCCCAGGACUUCGGCGAGACGUGGAAGCCUUACAAAUACUUUGCUGCUAACUGCUCAGCCACCUUUGGGCUGGAGGAUGACGUGAGGCAGAGAGGAGCCAUUUGCACUUCCAGAUAUUCGAGUCCCUUCCCCUGCACCGGAGGAGAGGUGAUAUACCGAGCCCUGUCGCCGCCUUACGCCGCGGAGGACCCGUACAGCGCGGAAGCCCAGGCGCAGCUGAAGAUCACCAACCUGCGGGUGCGGCUGCUGGAGCGGCAGGGCUGCCCCUGCCUCCCGGCCGGCCCGGCUCCCCGGCCCCCGCAGCCCCCGCCGCCCCUGCACUACGCCGUCUACGACUUCAUUGUGAAGGGCAGCUGCUUCUGCAACGGCCACGCUGACCACUGCGUCCCCGUCGCCGGAUUCAAGCCCGUCAAGGCGGCUGGUGUUUUCCACGUGGUCCAUGGGAAAUGCAUGUGCAAGCACAACACAGCAGGGUCCCACUGCCAGCACUGUGCCCCGCUCUACAAUGACCAGCCUUGGCAGGCUGCCGAUGGCAAAACCGGAGCCCCCAAGGAGUGUCAGUCAUGCAAGUGUAAUGGGCAUGCUGACACUUGUCAUUUUGACAUGGAUGCAUGGCUGGCAUCAGGCAAUCGCAGCGGUGGCAUCUGUGACAACUGUCAGCACAACACAGAAGGGCAGCACUGCCAGCGCUGCAAGCCAGGCUUCUACCGGGACCUCAAGAAGCCCUUCUCUGCCCCGGAUGCCUGCAAACCUUGCUCCUGCCACCCCCUGGGAUCGGCCGCGCUCCCCCUGGGCCCCCGCACCUUCUGCGACCCCAGCACCGGCGACUGCCCCUGCAAGCCCGGCGUGGCGGGGCCUCGCUGCGACCGCUGCCUCCCCGGCUACUGGGGCUUCGGUGCCUACGGCUGCCGCCCCUGCGACUGCGCCCGCAGCUGCGACCCCCGCACUGGCGACUGCCGCAGCAGCAGCUUGGACGUGACCUGGCACAACGAAGCACCUCCUUUCCAGGCGGUGCUCAAUGAGAGCGAGCCUGCCUGGGGCUGGGAGGACGAGCAGGGAUUCUCAGCGCUCCGGCACUCUGGUAAAUGCGAAUGUAAAGAGCAAGUUUUAGGGAAUCCCAAGGUCUUCUGUGGGAUGAAGUACACCUACGUGAUCAAGACGAAGAUCUUGUCAGCUCAUGACAAAGGCUCCCAUGCAGAAGUCAAUGUGAAGAUCAAGAAAGUCUUGAAAUCUACAAAGCUGAAGAUCCUCCGGGGCAAGAGGACGCUCUACCCUGAAUCCUGGACUAACAGAGGCUGCACUUGUCCCAUCCUCAAUCCUGGCUUGGAGUACCUCGUGGCAGGACAUGAGGACGUCCGAACGGGCAGACUCAUCGUCAACAUGAAAAGUUUUGUCCAUCAGUGGAAGUCAGCUCUCGGAAGAAAGGUCCUGGAGAUUUUGAAAAGAGACUGCAACUAGAGGUGCGUGACUGCCUAGGGCAUUUCUUUAUGCACAAAAUGCAAUAGCCUUCACAGAGAGAAGACCUCUAGGAUGAAAACUGGAAUGUAAGAAAAUAGUGCCAAAAUGUGUAGCGAGGCAUUCGGAGUUGUAGGCGCUGUCUAAUUUAACCCUUCCUGGCCAAUGCUCAUUCACUUGCCUGUAGCUUCCUUGCCAGGGGCUCGCCUAGGCCCAGCUCAUCAUUACGUUGAGGGAAAUAAAAGGAAGGGUGGACGCUUGUCUCGCUCCAGUGCGAUGUUGGAGCAACUUCUAUGAAGCCGCUGAUCGCCCCAGACUAAAUUGCCACCCUAGAGAGGGAAAGCGUGCCCACGAGCUGCAGCUGAGAAGCAAAAUACCACUGCCAGUGCCACCAGCGCAGAUCCUGAGUGACUUCCAGAGGCUCCCGGAGGAUACUGUGGGGAAGGCGAUGGCCGCAGCGGCGGGCAGGCACUGGCAGCAGCAUGGCAGUGACAACUACUCUUUAGAAACACCCCCUCGGGUUAGGACAUGGCACCAGUCAAAGAGAAUUGGGCGCCACUUGCUUUUAACCUGGUCAGCCCGCUGAAGGUUUCAGGGGCUAAAUUCUUUGCUGGUGCUGGCGCGGACAGAGCUGCUGGAGUGAAUCAAAUCCCUCUGCCUUGGCACAAGCACAACGCAGGGCAGAGGCCAGCUCUCCACCCACCAAAUGGCCGCAGAGAAGAGCCAGCUCCAGAGGGUGCAGCAUCUCUGAGCUUUUGUCCCUGAAGUGUUAAAAAAUGAACCUAGCCCUAGUGUAAAUAUUUCAUUGUAUAAAGCACUUUACUACCUGCCACUUCACGGGGCGGGAAGUCUAAUUGUGUUGGGGAAAGAAGAGGUUGAAGGUGGCACGUGAAAAAAACUCUCUGAAACAGAAGCACUCCUGAAGACCCCCCAGUUGGACGGCGUUAACGGUAUAAAGGGAACGGCCAGCCUGGCACUGGCCACUCAGAGUAUCUGAGGAUGCAAUCUGAAAGAUAAAGUAUUUGCACUGAAGUCCCAGCUUCAGACCAGCACUUGGACCCCGUGGGCAGGACUCCAGCGAGACUUCGCAAACAGUGUGAGAAGAAGAAGAGACUUUGAGAUAAAAAAUGCAAUUGCCAGAGGAGAAAAACUCUGCCUGCAGGAAAAGGAGUGGAUGUGGAGAACAGAAAGGACUCACAUUCGCAUAUCACAACCCAGCGAUUCGUGGUGGGCCUGGAGUUUAUUUUAUUUUUAUGUUAGUAUUUAAAACUGAACAUUUUAUUUGUUUUCUUCUGUGUUAUUGUUUGCGAUAUAUACAGCCAUUAUACUUCCUCAUUAACACCGGUAUGGAAUAUAGCACAGUUUACUUCAGUUUUCAGCACUAAAAUGUAUCUUUUCUGUAAAGCAUCUUUAAAUCACAUUGCAGAGUGUAUUUUGUUCAUGAGUGUGAGGGCAAAGAAAAGGAAGACAUACAAUACCAGAAAGGUCACGAGUCUACCAAUCCGCUUUACGUAUGUAUUUUUCUUUCAAGGUCCUGUGGACUCACAAAAAAAUGAUACUAUUUUGGUAAUUUGUUUUUAUAUCUCAUGUAUGUAAUAAAUAUAAUAUGAUUUCAACA